AUGAUCUGCAUUUGCCAUUUUUUGUUAUUACAUCAGAAUUAUCAGAAUUUACAUUUCAGCCAUUUUGCCGUACCCAAAAAUUUUAUCACAUGAAAUUUUUUUCCAUUAAUUAAAAUAUGAACUAUCUAUUACUUUAGGUGCUUAGGAAAAGAUUACUUAAAGACAAUUGCGUACUACUAUGAACCUGAUAACCCUUUAUUUCAGCGAGAUCAUAAUGAAAGCAGAAUUGAAAAAGAUUCAUCUCAAGCCCAAUUAGCGCAAAUAAGGAUGCUCAAUGCUCAUGUGACUACAGCUGCAACAGCUCAUCUCCCAAAAAUAAGAAGAAGUGGAGCUGUGAGAAGAUAUGUCCAAGCCAAUAUUGAGCAGCUUAUGGAAAGGCUUUCACUUGAUUCCAGUUCAAUGAGCAUAGUGGAAGAUGAAAGCCUGCAUCCAUGCAUGAUUUGUCUCACAAGAAGGCCAAAUAUGAUGUAUACAGUUUGCUGUUUCGAACCAACUCAUCAAAACUGCUGCAGGAGCUCAAAGGCAUUAUGUCCACAUUGCAGAUCCGAACAAUUUGCACUUCACAGCGAACCAUCUGAACCAGCAAGAGCAUUUAAUCGCUAA